GAGUCAGUUCUCAACUCCUACCGGUCCACGGACCGCCUACCGCAGCUCGGACAAAAACAAUUGGCAUCCCUGAAACAGUACAGCACAAACAGGAGGACCUAUAGCGAAUUUUGAGAAUUAUUUAUCAUUUCUUAGAGCUAGAGACACCACCAAGAGGGAAAUGGUCUCUCCGGUGACAGUGGUAGGUAAAAAUAUUGAUAUCUUCAUAGAUUUUACAGGAAUGGUACUGGAAGCUAGUUUAGCUACAAGAUAACACUUCGAGGAAAUAGUAAUCUCGCCUUUUGAUAUUUCUUUCAUUUCAUGUUCAACAACAACCUGCCUAUCCCUCGCUUAGAGUCUCAUUUGUAUUGAUAUUCACGGCAUGUUAUAUUCAACUUAGUCUCUGAAAAGCAGCGCGACAUAUAUGGUCCAUAAUUUAAUCAACAGUAAACAAGAAUCCAUCCUGAGUAAAUGUAAUUCAGUAUUCAGCCUGUGACAACAGACACCCACGUUGUUUUUGUCCGUGUCUCACUGGCGCCGGUGCAUACAUUAUGAUGUCCAUCUGAGAUCUUUUGGAGACUUACAGCAGAAACUUUUAUGUUCAGAUGGGGUCUCUGCCUGGCACGUUGUAGCAGCGUCUGUUCACAUGGUUGUUUCUCGAUAUUCCCCCUCGUAAAAAGACGUUUCUUCACAUUUCUAAAGGCAGCCCCUGACAAAAAGAAACGCUAUCAUGUGACGACCUCUUUUGUCUUUUUUUCUCUUAUGUGCUCUCCAUUGACGCAUGCGCAUGCCAGCUCUCUGCUGUGGCAGCUUCGUUUUGAUCUCCUUUGCUGUGCUUUACAUUGUCAUGUCGCUGAGUCUAUCUAUAACUUACUAACUCAGUGCCACAUCAUGGAAUAAGCUUCACAUAGCAAAAUAUUAUAAUUGGAACAAUCUUAGUAUCGUGUAGGCUACCUUGACAGAACUGUUGUGAAAUGGGGCACUUGCUUGGCCUAUGGUAAACCCUAUGUAUAGGCUAUGAGAUUGCUGAGAGAAGCCUCUGUGGGGGAAUGCUUGACAUAUAAACUGGUUGUCUUGGUGAUAACGGUGCUGUGCAGACCCCAGGGAUGCUUGACGAGCCCCCUCUUACUGCAGUAAAACUACAUGUCUAGGCAUGUGGUGGGUGACACACUGACAAGUUUAAGCAUAGGCAACCAAUUCUCCCUUUCAUUUAUAGGUUUUUUGGUUAUCCUGUGCAUUAUCCCUACCCAGAAAUUAAGGAACAUUGGGCUCUUUGAUCAUAUUAAAGAUGUAAUUGUAGUAGUGAGUUAAAAGCAACAGCAGUGGCAGCUGUCAAGGGGGCUGAAGUUUGUUAAUUUACCUUUGAGUCUCUCUCAGAGGCAGGAAAGAGCUCUUUACCUAUUUGAAUGCAGUGAUAACUUUAAUUUUACUCUGCAUCCAGGCCCCUUUGAAUUUAAACUUUCCAUUUAAACAGUCAGCAUACAGUUUUCGACAGCCAUUGCACCAGCUGUCAGGUGCAUACUGUUGCCUAAAGAUACAGUAAGAGAGAUAUAUUCACCUUGCUGAAUCAGCUGCAAGUGUUAAGUUACUGUUUCUUAACCCAAAACAUAGUAACUCUCACAUAUGAAAAUGUAGGCAUGUUUUCAGAACAGCAAACAAACUGUGUUUCAAAAGAGCAUGUUUCACUUUAGACUUGUUUUAUAAAUAGUGUGAAGUUGACCUCGGCCUAUACCUCAUUGAGGUUAAAGCAGCUGUAAGGAAAGAUGUGGGUGAUGCUACAGAGCAACAACAUUGUCAUAUGACUCACACCCCUGCUGUACCUACCAGGACCUACUAAGUUACAGUUCCUGUCUGCCAAGCUGAUCACACAUGCGUUAGCAGGAGUUGUGUAUGUUCACGAGUAUCAUGUUUCAGACACCGGGCUAGCUUAUGACGCAGAAUGGUUAAAAAGAUGUUCAUCCAUGCUGGGUGUCAUUCAAUGCUUCACUGCAGUGCUUUUGUUGUUUCAUGGUUAAUGCAGGAGCGUUAGGGUCUAACAGUUGCGUGUUGUUCUCUGGACCGCGGCUAUUAAAGGAGUUAGGGCUCAAAUUCAGUGCUGCUAGUUUGGACAGGUAGAGCUUUGCAAAGCAAGCAUCUUAAAAACUGAUAAAUUUUCCCUCUAUAAAUAAUGCAUGGAAUUUGAGUGCUUCUGUGUCACUGAUCAGAAGCAUUCAAAUAAAAAAAAAAAGAUUCGAUUAUUUUGUGGAAACCCUGAAUUUAAAGAUGUACCAUACUGGAAAAGGAGGUCGCUCCAUCAAGUUGUGUGUCCAAAAACCCUAUUGCUUGUUAGGUACUGUCAAUCAUUAACUUAAUCAUUCUGUAGUAGGGAACAGGGGCAGGUGCCAGCUGUAUAUGGUAUAAUUUUCUCAAACAACAGCCCUAAAAGUGCAGUCAGACAAACAUUCAGCAUGUCUGCAGUCGACAUGUGGGAGUAUGUUCUGCCCUUCUGUGUCAGUAACAGCUGAUUGCCAGCACACACAGGGAUCAUAGCUGUUACUAGCAAGUCUCCUUUGCCCCCCUGAUGCCUCAAGACACCUUAAAGUAUCAUCAUCGCAGUCAACUUAAAUGCCUGCAGCAUUUCAUGGGGCUUUGUGAUGUAACAAACAUUAAACAUUUGUAAACAUAUUUUUAUGUGACAUUUUUCUUGCUAAUGAUAUGAUAAUGGAAACCUUAAAGAGAUUUAUAAUAGUAGCUUUUGCAUGCUGUAUUACAUGUUCAGUCUUGUCUUUUGUGCAAGAAGACCUUUUGUCAGUGAUGGGAUACAAUAGGUUGACACAAAAACAAUGGAAAGGGAAGCUGCAAAGUAUGGCUGAAGCCCAGCAUGAAAAGGACCAAAGGUUAUGGGAAUUCAUGCAUAUUUUCCCUGGAAACUGUACUCCCUGGAGAAGCCCUGAAUAGACUCUUUUUACCUUUUUUUUUUUUGCUUCACUCCAAUCAAACUUUAACAAUCAUAGAUGAUUUAGUCUAACACAGUCUAACGCCUUGUGUUCUUCAGCAAAACAACAACAACAACAACAACAACAACAACAACAACAAAAAGUUGGGUGGGCUAUAUCUGUUUAAUUCCACCACUUGGUGCUAUCCUUGAAUUCAGAUCUAUGUUGUGUUUUCUUCUACCCUGUGCUCACAUGGACACUCGAGUCCUGCUGUACACAGUUAUCUUAUCGGCUGGACUGGGAGCGCUGCCAGUGCUGGCCUUAAUGGGAUAGACUUAUCAAACACUCACAUGCGCACACACAUCUGUCAUUAGACUAGUUUUUUAUCUUUAUUUAUGUCUCCAAUGGUUUUUAUGGAGGUCAACUAAAGUGCAUGAUGGAUAGAAGAAGAGUAUAUUACUUCACAUAAUGAACCUCUCUGUUGCCUCUGUGGAAAAAUUCCUGUCAUGCUAUCUGGACCUGGAAGAAACUGAUGCUUUCUGAUUAAACUAGGGAGAUUUUCCACUUUUUGUCUUUUCUAUAAUGGGGCCUGUAUUCUUGGCCAUUACGUGAUCUUUUUAAAUCUUCAUUUAGUCUGUGAUAAGAUCUUACUGAUAUCAGGAGGCACAACAGGUCAACCAAACUAGGAGUGGAUUGUCUACUAGACUGGUCUUAUCAGGAGUUUUAAUAUGCGGCAUUGGUUCUCAGUACUCUGUUAAUGUCUAUCCCAACAUCAUGAAGUACUGUACUAUUUCUGUAGUCACCUUGCUGCAUCAAUCCUUUAUUUUCCAUCAGUGCAGUAUUGUCUAACUCUGGUAUGUAAGCCAAAGACUUUUUUGUUCGUGGAAGUAUACAAGCUCUUUUGAUCCUCAGCUGUCUUGUAAUAUUAGACAGCCUCUUUUGAUGAUAGAAAACCUGUUGUUCUUUUUUUUUGCCACUUUGGAAAGCAGGGGAACUUGAAAGAAAAGACAAAAAGUAAAAAUUUCCCCAAGUUGUUUAGAUGACACACACCUACACCAUCAUCGAAGGCCUAGAGAAAGCCAGGAAAUAAGAGACAUCCGAAUUGCAUGGAGAGAGGUGAUGAUUAACAUACAUUAAAUUCAGAUGAUAAUGCAUGAAGCUACAGAAUAGUUUACUCUGGUUUGUCAACUGAGCUGUCUGGGAGUUUCACAGCGGGAAAUGGGCCAUUCAGAAACACAGUGGUGUCAUUGUUGUCCAUCACAACUGCAGCAGGAAGCAGGAAAAUGCCACAGCAGGUUAUGGAUGGUGUACAGGCAAACAAAUAAUAACAUCUCAAUUUUUGACCUUAGUGGCACUGAAAUUAACACAUUAAUACAGUCAGACCUAUGAGUCAUGAUCAUCUGUUGGCCCUAAUCAUAAUAGAAGGGUUAUAUGAAAGUCACCCUUUGUGCAAACAAAGAAAUAGAGGCACUGAAAUCUCAACCCUUUUUCCUUCCGUCUGUAAACAUGUUUUUUUUUUUCCUGCUGUUUAAAUAGAGAUUUUAUUAUGGUCUAUAAUGGGGUCUGUAUUCUUGGCCGUUCCUUAAUCUUUUUAAAUCUUCAUUUAGUCUGUAAUGAGAUCUUAUUGAUAUAAGGAGGCACAUCAGGUCAACUAAAAUAGCAGUGGAUUGCCUUCUAGACUGGUCUUAUCAGGAGUUUUAAUAUGUACAAUUGGUUCUCAUUAUUUUGUUAAUGUCCAUCCUAACAUCAUAAAGUACUGUACUGCUGCAUCAAUCCUUUAUUUUACUUCUGUGCAGUAUUUUCUAACUCUAAUGAAGCCUUUAGCGCGCCACACAUAUCAGAUACAGCAUAGCAGGCUCGAGGUCAGCCAAACAUCGUAUCUGCUGCUUGACAGUAAUUUUGGCAUCCUACUUCAUUGAGCAGUUGUGCAAUCAUGAGGCCUCCCCCUCCUUUCCAUAUGAACGAGAGUGACCCCUCAUAAUCUCUCACCUUCUCUCCUUCUCACCUUUCCUUUCCCCCCUCUUGCUCACUUCCCCACCCACCAUACCAGCUGUCACACGAAUGCUUGUCCCUCUCUCCCCUAAAAGCUCACCUCACCUCACACACACUCUUUCCUCUGCUCUACUUGUUCUCCUGUGAAUAUUGUAACAGGCUUUUAGCUUCUGUUUGCAUCAAUUAGCUCCACCAGAUAAGGUUUCAUCAAGAAGGACGCAACCCGGGGGUGAGAAAUUAUUAACACAAGAAAUUAAAUCGGAGCCCAGUUGUGUCAGCUUUAUCCCUUUAAUAUUAUUACUCAACUCCUCCAUGUCUUAUUAGUAUCCUCCUCAUUUCUCCUGCUGUGAUCUCAGCUCUACUGAACCCUCGCUCGCCUCCCCACCACCACCACCCCUCCUCUGAAUCAAUCUCUCGCUUUCUUCUCCCUCUUUGACUCCUAGGCUCUUUUUCCCAAAGUGAUUCUCAGAAUUGUAGGUGGGUGGUCACUCCAGAGGUAUAGUGAAACCUCUUUCCAGCCCUGUUUUUUUUCUGUAGUUUGGUGACCCUGUUUGGCCUUAUCUAUUUGGACAGAAAGAAAUACGACCCCUGAAACAGCUGGAGAGGAGAAAGUUAGGCUCCAGUAAGCUGCACGGUUCUCAGGGACAUUAGGUAAAGAGAGGACAGAAAAAAAAGAGAAAGACUUGAAGGAAAGGUUACAAGGAGUCAAAGGAGUUGGAGCUCUUUGCAUUUCCUCAUAGAUUCGCUGAGUUUCAGUUCAGCCACAGAUCAUGUGCAAUUCUGACACACUGAUGUUCUAAUGUCCACAAAGCAAGCAAGCCUGGGCACUGGUCCAAUCUUACCACAUCCACUUGUUGACUGCUUAUUUCCCCUUUUUAAAAUCAAAGACAUGACACACAUGACAGUAUGGAGUUGACCUUACUUCCUGACUGUGGUGUAUUAUGAGCUGUCUGCCCUGAGACAAAGCCCUUGGUGUAAGACUCCUUCAGCGCAGACUAGUGACAGAAGUAUUACUCUGUUCCGACCCACUGAAUUGAAUGACUUCUUAUAAAUGUGACCAGCUACGACUCAAACUAAAAUGUAAAUCUUCUAUCUGCUUCCAGGUUAAGAGUGAAGGCCCAAAGCUGGUGCCGUUCUUCAAGGCCACCUGUGUGUACUUUGUCCUGUGGCUGCCCACUUCAAGCCCAUCCUGGUUCAGUGCACUCAUCAAAUGCUUGCCCAUCUUCUGCCUGUGGGUGUUUUUACUGGCACAUGGCUUCAGUUUUCUUGGUGCUCACUCCAGUGCCCGCAAAAUCUUGGCCGGUCUCAUCUUUUCAGCUCUUGGUGAUGCCUUUCUCAUCUGGCAGGAACAGGGCUACUUUGUCCAUGGUGAGGAAAAAAUCUUAAUCACACUUAAUUUAGCAUGUUGUCUCUUUUUCAGUGCAGACAUCUUCCUUAUUUCAAUAAUUGUGGAUUUUUCUAACUUGUUUCUUCUUCUAAAGCUUUGGUCAACAUCUAUUUUGGAUGUUGGUAAUGGGAUGUUUUUAUUUAGGACAUCAAUUCAAAGAAGUUCAAUAAGACAGAUGACAGCUUUAGUAUCUCAGACAUGUCAGUGACUCCACUGAAGAACGCUGAGGUGUUGUAGGACAUCCACUUUGUAGCCAGGGGCAACACAUACUCCUUAGUGUACAUCCUGCAGGAAAAUCAUACACCAAAGAAGACGUCCACAUUCAGCAAACGUCCCCAGAAGAAUCCGCAUUAAAAACACGAGAAAGAACUUACUGUCUUAAUAAGUUUCUAAGCUACCACACAAUGAAGCAUGACCCCCUACUUUUCCCCGUCUACUUUUGGUAGUCAGAGGAACUGAUGUGGUUGUGGUUGCCAAGCAACAAUGAAUGAAGCCCUUUCUUAAAUUCGGUACAAAGAGGGAACGUGGUGCACCACACAUAAUGCAGGUGACAUUGCCUUAAUUCUGUUAGCUCCACAAAGGCAAUGAACCUAUUUGAAGGUAGAAAAUGUUCCCUACAGCAUGCUGUGGUCAUCCAUCUUGCUGUUUGACGUCUGGAUCUUCUAAGUUUGCUCUUUCUUAGGGGGGUGACAAAAUGACCCAGCUUAAUUGCACCCAAACUGUUUUUUUUUUUUUUUACAUGUCGUAUGCAACCUUCAUUAUUUUUGCACUAGAGAUCUUAUAAAGUAAAACUGCCAUCUGAUCACAUUGAAACAUUGAUUCAGACACUGAUGUUUACAGAGGACCUUUGAAAUAUGAUUGGUGAUCUGCCUCAGAAUUUUUACUGUGUGGAUAAAGAAAAAAAAAAAACCUCCACAAUUAUAUAAAUUUAUUUUAGGUCCCCAGGUAGUAGUAGUUCUGUUUGAAAAGUGUGUUUUGAGAAAUUUCUUGUUUGUUUUGCUGCCAAGAAAGUUUUAGUAAAUCUGACAAAGCUGAUGCUUUGAGCCAUUUAUGCCAGUUGAGACUUGCUGUUGCAAGUCACAGUGCUGCUGUUUCUCAGAAAGGGACCUCAGGAGCAGCAGCAGAUUAGCAAAGCACACUGAAACACCGGCCAAGACAGAAAAAAAUGGGGCUAAAUCCUAAUAAACCUCAAGCAUUAAUACAUUUCUGAGGAUGUGAUUCUGAUAUCUGACUUAAAGUCAUAAUUCUGGCUGAGACAGUGUACACUGAUGGAUUCUAAUAUAUGUAUCAUGUUCUAUAGGUCUCCUCAUGUUCGCCAUCACCCACAUCCUUUACUCGUCUGCCUUCGGGAUGAAGCCCUUGAAUGUGUCAGUUGGCCUGGUGAUCUCUGUUGUGUCCGGUCUGAGCUACUCGCUGCUCUACCCAUACCUGUCGGGCCCCUUCACUUACCUGGUGGCCGUCUACAUCGCUCUGAUUGGCUUCAUGGGCUGGAGGGCCAUGGCAGGCUUGCAGCUCGCCAACGACCUGUGGACCUGGACCAAGCUGUCGGCCUGCCUAGGCUCUGUGCUUUUCAUGGUGUCUGACCUCACCAUCGCCGUCAACAAGUUCUGCUUCCCCGUGCCCCACUCGCGCGCCAUCAUCAUGGCAACCUACUACGCGGCUCAGAUGCUGAUCGCGCUGUCGGCGGUGGAGUGCCAGGAUGUGGAGGUGGCCAGGAAGAAGAGAACAUGAGGUAUCAAAGGCUCCACAGCAAGUGCUCAUGGACACACUUUACUGCCAGAUCUACGACCCUUGACCUUCAUCUCAGUGUGGAGCUCCCACACCAUAACCAUGACAACUGGUCCACUAAUGCACCUGGUAGAGUAGUCUCACGCCUGCCUUCUUGCCACAAAGUAAUGGUAGUGUUAUCAUCAGUCCUUCAUGCAUCUUCUGAUCCUAGAAUGGGGACAAGUGUAGAACUAUUAACCUGCUAUAUAAUUAUAUCUAUGUAGAGAGUAUUACUUUUAUCUAAUAUGUUUAAUUUAAGGGGAGCAUGUCACUGGGGACCUGUUAAGUGUGUGUGGAAGAGCAAUAGUGAAUGAGUGUGUGCGCGUGUGUGUACAUAGAUGUAUGUCUGAUAACCACCCUGACCUCACUUUCCACACAGUCUAAUCACUUCUUAAUGUUCUCCAACAACACAAUCCAGCUCUUGACUUUUGACCGUUUUUUGUUGCCUCAGACCUCGGAGGGUUUGAUUUCUGUUGUGUGUUUUUGGCUUCAGUUUUCCGUCGCUCUGCGUGUCCCUGAAUUUAAGGAAAUCACAGUUAUUCUUUCGUUAGAUGCAGUCCCUUACAUUUCAGCUUCAACAACCACACUGCCUUUGUUCACGUCAGUGUUUAACCUCCUUGAAAAAUCCACUAUGAGUGUCUCUGGAUGAAUGAAGCGCAUAGAAAAUAAAUGUCAGAAACUAAAACAAAAAGGGAAAGCAAGUUGUGUGACUGCCUCAAGCACUGUGUAUUGUAAUGUUAUAGUGAUUGAACAGUUGUGAGGGUGUUUGUUGAAGUUUGAUUCCUCCAUGCUGUCACAAUAAGAGCAGUCAACACUGGAGUCACAGCGGACUACUGUAUACAUCAUAAAAGGCUUCACAGUGCACUUGCCUCUCCCUUUUUGUUAAACCGUGAAGGUGUUUUGCAAGUUUUCCAGAGACACAGGUACACAUGUGGACUCACUCACACACCUGACACCCAUAACCCCUGCUGCUUUAGUUAUUAGGAAAGUCCACAGGGGUUCUUAUUGCUGGACUGGAUCAGCUGACCCAUGCUGUCACUGGCCUGGGACCAUGUUAUGAAGACUGGAGGGAAAAGGGCUAUGUUACUGGCUGUGGGUUUUGUGCAUCAACUGUGUGUCUGUGUGUGUGUUUGUGUGUCUAACUAGGCUGUUAGAAGACAUUCACUCAUCUGUGACCACACACACACACACUCAGACACACACACACACCACCCUGGGGCAGCCUGACUGAAAAAUAAGAGGGAGAGAAGAAGGGAGAUGAGGGAACUGGCUUGUCAUGUGAGGGAACAGUUAUCCCAUUAUUCCCAAUAAUUCCCUGUCACAGGACACUUCAUCAGCUUUAAUCCUGCAAAUCCACCACAGCUAAUCCCCAAUAGAUUGGCUGAUAUUUUGUCUUUCAUCUAUAACACAGUUUUCCUCCCUCUUACCUUUCAUUAGUCUCACUAUCUCCGUUAAAGUGUCUUACUGAGUGUUGAAGGAGCACACCAGCGCUCUGUAUUUGUGUCUGACAAUGAGCAUGUUUCAAGUGUGUGUCUGUGUUAGAGAGUGUGUGUGUGUGUGAAUGUCUGUGUAUGUGUGUGUGUGUGCGUACCUGUGAUAAAUCAGAACCAACUCAAGGCCAGAAAUGCUGUGAACCAUCUUAGUAUGAGAAGUUACUCUACUGGAUAUCUUUAAUGUAUUCUCACAUGGCUCUUAAACUGACUUCAUAACCCUUCACCUCCUCGGAUGUGCAACCUCUUUAUGUCUUUUAUAAACCACGGUCGAUCUAGGGUGACGUUGAAGUAGUUUUUCAUUUAGAAAAGUAUAUUCAACAUGUGUUUUAUCUAGUUUUGAGGUUUGAUUUGACCUGUAAAGUGAGCAUUUUCAUUCAUAAAAAUGCCCCUCAUAACUAAACAUUCACAUUCACAGUAUAGUUUGCUGGUUUUACUAUUAAUACCACUAACACUGUAUAUUAAGAUCAGUUUCACAAAUGUACUCCAGCACUUGGAAGUCUUUCUGUUAAAUCAUUCAGUCUGCAUUCACCUUAACCUGAUAUGUUGCUCCGUAUAUAAAACAAACAGGAAUGGAAAAGAAACAGAUCUCUGCUAUGGGCUCCUUUUCUGGGUCAAUGACCUCUUGAAGCCGUGGGUAACACUCCCACAUAACAACAUAGAAAUACACAUAAAAACGUGUUUAUGCACCACAUCAGCCACCAUAACAGAUCUGCAGGCAGACUAUUGUGCUGACAUUCACAAAGCCGUCUUAGUUUAAAUACUCGCAUCAGCAAAUGAUCAAAUUUUUCACCAGAAAAGACUCUCAGACCAGGCGGUGAUCUGUUUCAGCAAGUUUCUCAUCCUCCUUUCAGCUUGUCAGCUCCACAUUUCUGCUUUGUCAGUCUGAAGUGUUUCAUCAGGCCGUCUGUGUGGCCAUCCAUCUUUGGUUCUGUUUUUAAUGAGACCACCAAUCAUCCCUCUCCUAACUCCCACUCCAAAGUGCUCUCUCUCUCUUUUUGUAGCUGUGCAUUCGUCUCCUCGUGUCGUCUUAAAUCAGGAUCAGUGGAGUACAAGGAGACAUGCUGGUUUACAUGACUGGCUCUUACAUGGAGUCUACAGUGAAACCAUGAUUGAGCGUCAAGCUGUCUUACUCACCCAUACUAUGUGGGCAACUUAUGUAGGCACUACUCUCUGUCUCUCCUCCUGCCUCAUAGGACCUCCUGACUUUUGUUCCUCCAGUUCUGAUGGCAACACGCCAAACUCAGGAUUUGCUUUCAAGUCUUUCUGAGAAUACCUCUGUUGGCCAACCCACAUUUUGGAAAAUCUCCAUGACUUUGGUAGCGUGUGAGGCAAGAAAUACCAUAUCGAGUCAGGAAUUUGCAAGUCAUUAUGCCUUUCAGGAAGCUUAAAACAUUAAUCCUGAAAAUAUUGUAUUUCUCCUCCAUCAGUUGUGCACAAAUCACCAAAGUUGAAUAUAAUACAGUUCAUUCCGUUGAAUUGGACUGGUCAGUGUCAGAGGCCCUCUCAUGUAUCAAACGUCCUUUUGUUUCGCGUGACAUGAGGUCCCCUGUCCCCCUUGUUGGCCCUCCACUUAGGAAGUUGGUUAUUGUUGAGCGUUACUGUAGCUGGAGUGAGAUGAGGAGGUGAAAUAUGACACACAAGGGAAGAGUCCCUUUCCAUCCGGCCUGCUGGCUGUCGUCCUGUCUCCCCCCCCCCACACACAGAUGGCAGGCCAGCAGGCGCAUCACUUUACCUCAGCCUGUCAACAGCCCUGUUGUUCUGAACUCUGUGCGUGCAGACAAAGGGGGACCUUAGAGUCGAGGGAGGCUGGUGUAGUCUGGCCCGAGCUGUGAGCUGGAGCAGGUAGCUGUUAUAGCAGAAAGAAAAAGAUGGCACUUUUCUUUCAUUUUAGACAUUUCUACUUCUUCUGUUGUAUCAUGUGAUCUUUGAUUUGAAAAAAAGAAAUGCUGAUAAUGUGCUGACAUUCAAAACAAAAAGCUGUAAUAUUCUGUACUCAUGCAUGCCAAGUAGUAGGCCUACUUCACAACACACCCUGGUGUUUCAAUGGCUGCAGUGACAGUCCUCCAUCAGUAUGAGCCUGUAAGAAGUAUAUAUAAAUAAAUCAUGUCUUCUUCUCUUUGUAAUAUUAAUUGUAAAUGCACUUUUACACAUUCAGAGUAAGGCCAGUCAAUCUCUCCUUACAGCUAGAAGCUAAAGUGUUUAAUGAAAAGGAUUGUCGUGUACUGUAUCCUUAAAAGUGUAUGCUCAUAUGCUCUAUUUUUCUCCACUCUUUGCAUUUCUCUCUUAAAAACAGAUGUAAUUUGUUUGACGUUGGUGGUUUCAGUGAAAGAAAGUGAUAUAUCACGCAUGGGAGUAUCAGCAUUUUUCUGCAAGAAGCAUCACUUUGCCCUUGAAGUGUUAAAACCUUUGCGUAUGAAAUGUUUAUUUUUAAAGUGUGUUAUUUGCAGAAAGGCCACCUUGAAUUUUAUUUGCUUGUCACUUUAGAAAAAGCUAUGUUUGUUUCCUGCUUAUAAAUUCUGAUUUCUUUUAUUUUUACUCUAAAGACCCGUGGCAAUGCAUCAUUGUAUGAACAAACUCUUUUAUUUGGCUCACAGAUAUAUAUUUUACUUUGUUGUCCUUGAUUUUCACUUGAUGAUUUUUGUCUUUCAUGACUGUAGAGAUGGAUUAGUUUUAUUUGCUGUAGUGAAACUGCUAUGAAUGUGAAUAUCUAUUGGAGAAAUAAAUGCAAUUGCAAUGCAACUUCAACAUGACAUGCUGUGGUUGUGUUUGUUUG